CAACUUCCUUUUUUAGUUUUCACAUGUCGACAUUUUUUCCCAUAAAAAAUAAGUCUAUAAUCUGUUGCAGGGUUUUGCGGUCUUGUUUUGCUUGUUACCUAAGCGACUCAAAACUUUUUCCCUAUUUUCUUUCUAACUAGUCGUUCAUUUCCGCAACAGAUUCACAUAUCAUGGGUUUCCUCUUUUAAUCACACAAAGCUCGUCUUCUUGCUCAUCACUACUCGAUACUACUAGAUCUUUUGUGUACAGUUGUAUAUACAAACACACGUGUCAGUCUGAUCCCAGAUAUGGGUUUAGUUUCUUCCCUAUUUUCCUGGAAGUUGAUAUUCUUGUGGCUUAAAUGGGGUUUUCUUCAUUGAUAUAAAGUAAAGCUUGAUUCACGGUUCAUAACAGCUGUAAAGUUUUGAGACUUCUCGUGUUAUUAAAGAGAAAAAAGCAAUGGGUUAUGGUAACUCAAGAUCUGUGAGAUUUGAAGAAGAUUCAGAAGUAACAAAGCCACAAGCUGUUCAUGAAGAAUCUGCAGUCAAGCUCAAGUUUAAAAUCAACGGAGCUCAAAUCUCUCCUGGAAAGAAUGUUAAGAAGAUGACUAGAGGGAAGUCUUUCAAAGCUAAAGUACUAUCCAGAGUGUUCACUGAGGAUCUUGAGAGAGUUAAAAACAAAAUACUCGAUCCUCGUGGACAAACAAUAAGAAGAUGGAACAAGCUCUUUCUCAUAGCAUGUUUGGUUUCUCUGUUCGUGGACCCUCUGUUUUUCUUCUUACCGGUCAUGAGAAAAGAAGCUUGUAUCACCAUCGGAAUCAGACUCGAGGUGGUUCUCACGGUUAUUAGAUCUUUGGCUGAUGCUUUCUACAUCGCUCAGAUUGUUAUACGGUUUAGAACGGCUUACAUCGCUCCUUCUUCUCGUGUGUUCGGUAGAGGAGAGCUUGUGAUUGAUUCAAGAAAGAUUGCUUGGAGAUAUCUCAACAAAAGCUUCUGGAUUCAUUUGGUUGCUGCUUUACCUUUACCUCAGGUGUUGAUUUGGAUCGUAAUCCCAAACCUAAGAGGCUCACCAAUGACAAACACCAAGAACGUUCUUAGAUUCAUCAUUAUAUUCCAGUAUGUCCCAAGGAUGUUCCUUAUAUUUCCGCUCUCUCGCCAGAUCAUUAAAGCCACUGGUGUCGUAACUGAGACUGCUUGGGCAGGAGCCGCCUACAACCUCAUGCUAUAUAUGCUAGCAAGCCAUGUUUUAGGUGCUUGUUGGUACUUGCUUGCAGUAGAGAGGCAAGAGGCUUGCUGGAGACAUGCUUGCAACAUCGAGAAACCCAUUUGUCAAUACAGAUUCUUUGAGUGCAGAAGGCUUGAAGAUCCUCAAAGGAACUCUUGGUUCGAAUGGAGCAACAUAACAACUAUGUGCAAACCUGGAACUAGGUUUUAUGAGUUUGGUAUUUACGGAGAUGCAGUAACUUCAACUGUUACUUCGUCAAACUUCAUAAACAAGUACUUUUACUGUCUCUGGUGGGGACUGAAAAACCUCAGUUCCUUGGGACAAAAUUUCUCCACAAGCACUUACGUUGGCGAGAUUAUCUUCGCUGUUGUCAUGGCUACUCUAGGGCUUGUUCUCUUUGCACUGCUUAUUGGAAAUAUGCAAACAUAUUUACAGUCAACAACCAUGAGACUCGAAGAAUGGAGGAUAAGGAGGACAGAUACAGAGCAGUGGAUGCACCAUAGGCAGCUUCCUCCAGAGCUAAGACAAGCCGUGAGAAAAUAUGAUCAAUACAAGUGGUUAGCUACACGAGGAGUCGAUGAAGAAGCUUUACUGAUAAGUCUUCCUCUUGAUCUCCGAAGAGAUAUCAAACGCCAUCUCUGUUUUGAUCUUGUUCGCCGUGUUCCGCUGUUCGAUCAAAUGGACGAAAGAAUGCUUGACGCGAUCAGCGAGAGGCUAAAACCGGCCUUAUGCACUGAAGGUACGUUUCUUGUGAGAGAAGGUGACCCGGUUAACGAAAUGCUCUUCAUAAUCAGAGGCCAUCUUGAUUCUUACACAACAAAUGGAGGCAGAACAGGGUUCUUCAACUCUUGUCUCAUAGGACCAGGAGAUUUCUGCGGCGAGGAGUUGCUUACCUGGGCCUUAGAUCCUCAUCCCGUUGUGAUCUUACCGUCUUCGACACGCACCGUCAAAGCCAUUUACGAGGUUGAAGCUUUUGCUUUGAGAGCUGAAGAUUUGAAGUUCGUGGCUAUGCAGUUUAGGAGAUUACAUAGUAAGCAGUUGAAACAUAAGUUUCGGUUUUACUCUCAUCAAUGGAGAACUUGGGCGGCUUGUUUCAUACAGGCUGCUUGGAGACGGCACAAGAAGAGGAAGUAUGCGACUGAGCUGAGGGUUAAAGAGGAGUUUCAAUUUAUGUUUGAGACGGCCUCGAUGGUUAGGCUCAACAGUGGGAAGUUUACUCGUAGUGGCUCGGAUUCUGGUAUGGUAUCUUCGAUUCAGAAACCAGUAGAACCGGAUUUUUCUAGUGAAUGAAAUUGAUAUAUAUAUGAUUGCUUUGAAUUAUUAUUUUUGUAGCUUCUUUUUGUAUAAUUAAUGUGUAUUAUUUAACUCUAACUCUUUUAAUCGUUUGAAAAUGCUAUUAAGUUAUUUGAUCA